ACGGAAGUGCGUGAGGGGCCAACGCGCCAAAUUAACAAAGGCAAAGCGCAAACAACAGGAUCGACUGAACUGGUUCUGAACUGGUUCUUCUGACGUUAGAGAGGGAACAGUCACCGGGCGACAGUCGGUCCAACCGGAGAGAGCCGUCCGUCGAACCGGAACCGGAGAGAGCCGUCCGUCGAACCGGAGAGAGCCGUCCGUCGAACCGGAACCGGAGAGAGCCGUCCGUCGAACCGGAACCGGAGAGAGUGUCCGUCGAACCGGAACCGGAGAGAGUGUCCGUCGAACCGGAGAGAGUGUCCGUCGAACCGGAACCGGAGAGAGUGUCCGUCGAACCGGAGAGAGCCGUCCGUCGAACCGGAGAGAGUGUCCGUCGAACCGGAGAGAGUGUCCGUCGAACCGGAACCGGAGAGAGUGUCCGUCGAACCGGAGAGGUCCGUCCGUCGAACCGGAGAGGUGCGUCCGUCGAACCGGAGUGUCGGGAUGGGUUUGCUGGAGCGGUGCCGGGAGCUCUUCAACACCCCCAACCUGUACGAGGUGCUGGGCACCAACAAGGAGGCGGCCGAGGCGGACAUCCGGAGGAGCUACUACAAAGUGUCGCUCCGAGUGCACCCGGACCGAGCUCCGGAAGACCCGCGGGCCACGGAGAAGUUCCAGGUGUUGGGGAAGCUGUACUCGGUGCUGAGCGAUAAGGAGCAGCGGGCGGUGUAUGAUGAGCAGGGAGUGGUGGAUGAAGAGUCUGACGCGCUGAGCCAAGAGCGAUGCUGGGAAGACCACUGGAGACUGCUCUUCCCCAAGAUCACAGUGCAGGACAUCCUUGAAUUUGAGAAGAAAUAUAAGGGCUCUGAUGAGGAGCGGCAGGACUUGAUGCAGCUUUACGUGCAACACCAGGGAGACAUGGACGCCAUCACCGCCUCAGCCCUGUGCUGCUCCCAGGAAGACGAGCCCAGGCUCUGCAGCAUCAUCCAGGCCGCCAUCCAGAGCGGAGACGCCACGGCAUUCCCAGCGUUCACCCAGGAGAGCGUGAAGAAGAAGAGGGCGCGCAGGAAGAGGGCCGACAGAGAGCGACAAGAAGCGGAAGAGAUGCAGAAGGAGAUGAGCCUCGGGGAUGAGGACGACAGUCUCGUCAUGAUGCUUAGGCAAAAGCAGCAGUCCAGAGAACAGAAUUUCAACAGUUUCCUGUCUGACCUGGAAGCAAAGUACUCAAAGAAAAGUGGGAAAUCUCAAAGAGGAGGGAAAGGGAAAGGGAAAAAGUGAAAAUCAUACAGGCUCAGGUUUUAGAAGUUAAAAUGUAUGUUAUGUCAUCUGACAAUUGUUUAAAACUCUCCUUUAUUUUGCAUCGGUAGCUGUUGGAGCAACACUUAAUUAUCAUCUUUAAUUUCUUAUCAUGUAUGUAUUUUGCAGUCAGUCUUUCUAAACACAAAUAAAGUUCAUAUUUAUACAUUUGUA